AUGGUAUCUCGUACUUGCACUAAUAAACGAGCGAAUAUUGGCUGUAUUACAUGGCAGCGAACGAGCAACUUUGAUAUUUCAAUUAAAAAUAGACGCGCGUUUAGCAAAGCCGAGUACGUGUGGAGCACGUGCAGCCCAAUACCGCAUUCGGUCCGAUCUCAAGUGCUAUUUGAGUCGAAUGCAGAUGCGGGCCCCGAUUUCCCGGCUCUCGAUGGCUUUGGGAAAAUUUUCAAUCCUCUGCGCGACGUGCGUUGA